AGCCUUCCGCGACCUCGAGUGGGUGGGGAGGGCGAUUCUGAGCGGAAGUGCGGCCGAGCUCGUUUCCGGGGCCGCUGGUGUGACGUGUCCCGCGCUUGGCGCAGCAGGAAGCGGCGGGGACCGUGGCCUGAGUUCCCAGCGGCGGCCCUAGCUCCUCUCCUGCUGCCGCCAUGCUCGACUUCUUCACCAUUUUCUCCAAAGGUGGCCUUGUGCUCUGGUGCUUCCAGGGCGUGAGCGAUUCAUGCACCGGGCCCGUUAACGCGCUGAUUCGUUCCGUGCUGCUUCAGGUUGGUUUCCAGAAGAUCCUAACACUGACCUAUGUAGACAAAUUGAUAGAUGAUGUGCACCGGCUGUUUCGGGACAAGUACCGCACGGAGAUCCAACAGCAGAGUGCUUUAAGUCUAUUGAAUGGCACCUUUGAUUUCCAGAAUGACUUCCUGCGCCUCCUUCGUGAAGCAGAAGAGAGCAGUAAGAUCCGUGUUCCCACUACCAUGAAGAAAUUUGAAGAUUCUGAAAAGGCUAAGAAACCUGUGAGGUCCAUGAUUGAGACACGUGGGGAAAAGCCCAAAGAAAAAUCAAAGAACAACAAAAAAAAAGGGGGUAAGAAGGAAGGUUCUGAUGGCAGCCCUUUGGCUCCCAGCAAAGCAGUCUCUGCAGAAAAGUCAGGUUUCCCAGUGGGGCCUGAGAAUGGGGUAGAGCUUUCCAAAGAGGAGCUGGUACGCAGGAAGCGAGAGGAAUUCAUGCAGAAGCAUGGGAGGGGUAUGGAGAAGUCCAGUAAGUCCAUGAAGACAGACGCUACAAAGGAGAAGGGCAAAAAGGCACCCCGGGUGUGGGCAUUGGGUGGCGGUGCUAACAAGGAAGUCUUGGAUUAUAGUACUCCCACCACCAAUGGAACUCCUGAGGUUGCUCUGCCUGAGGACAUCAACUUGAUUCGAGGGACUGGGCCUGGGGGGCAGCUUCAGGAUCUGGACUGCAGCAGCUCAGAUGAUGAAGGGGCCUCUCAAAGCACCACCAAACCUAGUGCUACAAAGGGAACUUUGGGUGGCAUGUUUGGAAUGCUGAAGGGCCUUGUGGGUUCCAAGAGCUUGAGUCGUGAAGACAUGGAAUCUGUUCUGGAUAAGAUGCGUGAUCAUCUCAUUGCUAAGAAUGUAGCGGCAGACAUUGCGGUCCAGCUCUGUGAAUCUGUUGCCAACAAGCUAGAAGGGAAGGUGAUGGGGACAUUUAGUACGGUGACUUCUACAGUAAAGCAAGCUCUACAGGAGUCGCUGGUGCAGAUUUUGCAGCCACAGCGCCGUGUGGACAUGCUUCGGGACAUUAUGGAUGCCCAGCGUCGCCAGCGCCCAUAUGUUGUCACCUUCUGUGGUGUUAAUGGAGUGGGGAAGUCUACUAAUCUUGCCAAGAUUUCCUUUUGGUUGUUAGAGAAUGGCUUCAGUGUCCUCAUUGCUGCCUGCGACACAUUUCGUGCUGGGGCUGUGGAACAACUUCGCACACAUACCCGGCGCUUGAGUGCCCUACACCCACCAGAGAAUCACAGUGGCCGUACUAUGGUGCAGUUGUUUGAAAAGGGCUAUGGCAAGGAUGCUGCCGGCAUUGCCAUGGAAGCUAUUGCCUUUGCACGUAACCAAGGCUUUGAUGUGGUGCUGGUGGACACAGCUGGCCGCAUGCAAGACAAUGCCCCACUGAUGACUGCCCUGGCCAAACUCAUUACUGUCAAUACACCUGACUUGGUGCUGUUUGUGGGGGAGGCCUUAGUAGGCAACGAGGCCGUGGAUCAGCUGGUCAAGUUCAACAGAGCCUUGGCUGACCAUUCUAUGGCUCAAACACCUCGGCUCAUUGAUGGCAUUGUCCUUACCAAAUUUGAUACCAUUGAUGACAAGGUGGGAGCUGCUAUUUCUAUGACGUACAUCACAAGCAAACCCAUUGUCUUUGUGGGUACUGGCCAGACCUACUGUGACCUACGCAGUCUCAACGCCAAGGCUGUAGUGGCUGCCCUCAUGAAGGCUUAAUGUGGCUCUUGCCGAAUACCAAAUUGCCGCUUCCCCCAACCCCUCCAGACCCCAAUUCCUGUAUCAAGAAUGUGCUUUAGAGUAUAUAAGCAACUUGUCUUCAGAGUAGUAAAAAGGCAGAGUGAGGGGAGCUCCAGGGGAUUGUAGCUCUUUGUGACCCCAGUCCCUGUCCAGCCUCCAUCUGCUAGGAUGGAGGGCCUAAUCAUGUUACAAUCACUGCCCACUGACACCCACCCCCCAUGGUACUCCCACCCUCCUCCUCAGGCCUUCUACUGGAGGCCUUCACUCUGCCUCCAGACUCAGUGUCUUUAUAGCUUUGACCAAUGGUUGGCAGACCCAACACCAGAGCUCUGCAAUGUUGAUAUUCAAGAGACUCCUUGUGAG